CUCAACACCAACACUGACCGAAAUUAUACACAAAUCCCAAGGACAACCUCAACCCUAACACUUACCCUAACCUGAAGCCGGAUCUAAAAUAGACUCAAACCCUAGCAGGUUGGGAAGGGUCAUCCAGCAUUUGAGGGGACAUGGGAGAGGCAGGUAGGGGAGGGGAACAGAGGAAGUGACCUCACUUCCUUGACAACGCUUGCCUAACAGAACCUAGAACUCUCAAGGCUGGUUGACUACAUUUACUGGUAGAGAGACUCAACAACCAGGAGGAUGUUUUCUUGCUGUUUCCCAAAACGCGAAGGCUCAGGCCACAAGAGUUGGUGGAGAGAAGGUGUUAUUCGAAGGCUGAGAGGCUCAGGCAGUCGUCAGGCCCAGAGCCUGGAGCACACUGACCCAAGAACCCCCAAGAUGACACAGGACCCAAAGAAGUCCAGCCGAAAGCAGGAGAAGGCUGGCAAAGUGGGGAGCAUGGAGCCAGACAUGCUGAAGGAGCUGGUGGACAACCUGGUGCCUGCCCAUCUGCGCAGGGACCCCUUCUUCGUGCCUGCCUUCCUGGCCAUCUACAGGAGGUUCGCCACCACGCGGCAGGUGCUGGAUCUGCUGUUCCUCAGGUACCAAUCCUUCCUCCCGGACUCUGAGGAGGACGAGCAGAACAAGAGUGCUCUGAGCUCCAUCCUGGAGACCUGGCUUCUCCAGUACCCAGGAGACUUUUGCCAGCACCCAGACAUGGACAACCUCAAGCAGAUCGUGGCCUAUGCAUUCCUGAACCUUUCAGACUCAGAUAUCAUCCUGCAAGCGUGCAGACUUUGGGCCCAAUUUAGACUCCACUAAGAGGGAUCCCUUCCCAGAGCGGUACCGGGGAUCGAAUUCACGACUGCCUACUUUACAAGGCAGGCACUUAUGCCGCUGAGCUAAAUCUCCUGCCC